AUGAUGGAUACAGCUACUGAGCCAGCUCCUCCGGCUAGUAAAAGGCAGAAACGAGGGGAAAAGAAGGGAGGAGGUGCUGCCCCACAGAAUGCAUCGGCUGCACCUAACAAUGGGGAGAGAGUUAGAAAAAGGCCUAAGUGUUCUAGAUGUGGGGCAACUAAUCACAACUCGAAGACUUGUCCGUUGAGGGUUGGAGUUCAGAUCGAAAGAAUGGGCACUUGUAGCAGGCAACAGAUGGAACGGGAAGUGCGGAGGGCUGCACAAGGAAUCAGCAUUUACAUUGAUCCUACUUCUGGAAACAUGUAUUCUCGGAUGAGUACUAGAGACCCACAACAAGGAGGUCGGAGGGAACUAAAUGAACCAGAUCAUCCGCCCAUGAACAGUACUCAACCUCCAUCGACUCAACCCGAGACACAGUAA